GUCUUCUGCAUCUCAUCAAGUCAAGCCAUGGCCGCAAACUCCAAUGGCACGGCCUCAAACACCAACAUCGUGGUCGUGAACCCCACCAACGGCUGCCCAGAGCCCUCCACUCAGGCAGACGAUGACACCCUCCGCGUCCACUUCCUGGGCACAGGCACAUCGACUGCUCUCCCCGUCGGCCCCUGUCUCGCUGAGGUGGACAUUCCAUCACGCGAUGUAGGCCUCUUCCUCCAAGACUACAAGGCCGCCCCCGAGGAUGAGCGCACUCCCCACAAGUGGGGUGGGUAUGAUCCCUCUGGUCAGUGGCCGGCGAGUGUGCCCUGCGGUUCCUGCCGCGGAGCAGUGGACCCUCUCGUCAAGGAAGGGUGGAAGAAUCGACGCGGUAACCCGGCCAUUGUGCUACGCAAGCGGCGCGGUGGCGAGUGGCGCAACGUCGUUGUCGACGUAGGGAAGACGUUCCGCGAGCAGAGCUGCAAGUUGUUCCCGCGCUGGGGGAUCAAGCGCAUCGACGCGGUGAUCAUCACUCACGGUCACGCCGAUGCGUACAACGGCCUCGACGACCUUCGCGAAUGGUGCGGACGCCAAGGCGGACACAUCCCGAUCUACUGCUCGGCUCUGACUUUCGAGACCAUUUCUGCUUCUUUCCCUUACCUUGUCGACAAAAGCAAGGCAAGCGGCGGCGGCGACUUGCCCACACUCCACUUCCACAUACUCAAGGAUGACACCACACCUUUUGAAGUCGAGGGAAUUACUGUUGCCCCGCUGCCCGUGCAUCAUGGGAGCUACUUUUCCGCCGCGCCACCCACCGAGCCUAGCAAGCCCGGCACGCCUGUCAAUGUCGGUCACCACGGCCCCAGACCAACUGCUAGCAAGGAGCCGUUCAUCUGCCUCGGCUUUGCGUUUGACUCGCGACUCGUCUAUCUCUCUGACCUGAACGCGGUACCACCCAAGACAUGGGACCUCAUCGAUGCCGCGGUGCCGAACAAGGAGGACAGCGUGCUGAUAAUUGACACCUUGUGGCCGUGGCGUCCGCACCCCUCCCAUGUCUCCUUCCCUCAAGCCAUGGACAUUACGCUUGGUAUCAAGCCAAAGGCGACCUACCUUCUCGGCAUGACGCACCCCACCACCCACUACAUGUGGGAAGAGGUGGGCCUCUCCCUCCGCGACCAGGAGCGCCACGAUCCCAAGCACCAUGAUACGGCGCUAGCAGACAUGCUCAUCAAACGGAUCUGGGAGCACGAGGACAUGGCAAAGAUUGCCGACGACCUCAAGGCGUGGGGCGGUCGCGUCGAGCCAGGAUGGGAUGGACUGGCGCUUGAGAUUGCCCCUGGCCGUCUGGAGGAGCUUCCUAUCAGCAAGGGUGGAAGCGCUGGUGGCUGGGGCGUGGAUCUCAUGUCGGCGCUGUAGCGAUCGCCUAAAGCCAGGCGCGCGGGAGCUAGGAGGGCUUGGGGGUGAGAGCUCUUGUCAUAUAGAAAAUAGCAGCGAGUAGACGGCGUAGAAAUGUAGAUGAAGACAGACAGGCAUGCAUGGACGGUUGAUUGCC